UGCUGAGGCAGACCUGCCCGGCCAGCUGGGCAACUUUCCUCCGAGUGCUGCCUGCCUGCCGGCUGGGCGGCUAAAAGACCAACGGGCAAGAGGCAGGGCUGCAGCCCCUCCUGGGGACCCUGCCUCCACCCUUCCAAGGGGUCUGCGCCUCCUGGGAGAGGGUGGGCAUCUCCAGGACCGGGGUCCGUGGUGGAUGGCUCUGGGGACGCUCCCGAGGCUGUGCUGUCCCCCUGCCGCGCAGGUCGGAAGGUCACUGCAGAGGCUGCUCGUGGUCCCGGGGCUGGGGCCAAGGGAGCCCGCACCGGAGACCCAUGUGGAACCCAAGGACGCAGCCGCCCUGCUGAGAGCUCGGCGGCCCAUCCCUGGAGACCGUGACCUCGAGACGGUGGCCCUCGGCCCUCCACCUCCGGCGGGGGCGGGGGCCGCCCAUCUCCAAGUCCCCAGCCAUGACGACCUCAGCGCUGCGGCGCCAGGUGAAGAACAUCGUGCACAACUACUCGGAGGCCGAGAUCAAGGUGCGCGAGGCCACCAGCAAUGACCCGUGGGGCCCGCCCAGCUCGCUCAUGUCGGAGAUUGCCGACCUGACCUUCAACACGGUGGCCUUCGCCGAGGUCAUGGGCAUGCUGUGGCGGCGGCUCAACGACAGCGGCAAGAACUGGCGGCACGUGUACAAGGCGCUAACGCUGCUGGACUACCUGCUCAAGACGGGCUCUGAGAGGGUGGCCCACCAGUGCCGCGAGAACCUCUACACCAUCCAGACGCUCAAGGACUUCCAGUACAUCGACCGCGACGGCAAGGACCAGGGCGUCAACGUGCGCGAGAAGGUCAAGCAGGUGAUGGCCUUGCUCAGGGACGAGGAGCGCCUCCGGCAGGAGCGGACCCACGCCCUCAAGACCAAGGAGCGCAUGGCGCUGGAGGGCAUGGGCAUCGGCAGCGGGCAGCUGGGCCUGGGCCGCCGCCACGGAUCUCCGUCCUCCUACAACUCCUCCUCCUCAUCCCCCCGCUACACGUCCGACUUGGAGCAGGCCCGGCCCCAGACGUCAGGAGAAGAGGAGUUGCAUCUGCAGCUGGCCCUGGCCAUGAGCCGCGAGGAGGCUGAGAAGCCUGUCCCCCCAGCCUCCCACAGGGAUGAGGACCUACAGCUGCAGCUGGCUCUGCGCCUGAGCCGGCAGGAGCACGAGAAGGAGGUGAGGUCCUGGCGGGGAGAGGACUCCCCUGUGGCCAAUGGUGCUGGGGCUGCAGUUCGCCGUUGGCAAGACAAAGAGCCAGAGAGAGAAGAGGGAAAGGAGGAGAAGCUGAAAACCAGCCAGUCUUCCAUUCUGGACUUGGCAGACAUCUUUGUACCUGCCCCGGCCCCGCCCUCCACACGCUGCUCUGCUGACCCAUGGGACAUCCCAGGUCUCAGGCCGAACACAGAGCCCAGUGGCUCCUCCUGGGGGCCUUCCGCAGACCCCUGGUCUCCUGUCCCCUCGGGAAGUGCCCUGUCCAGAAGCCAGCCCUGGGACUUGCCCCCUAUGCUCUCCUCCUCAGAGCCCUGGGGCCGGACCCCAGUGCUGCCUGCCAGACCCCCAUCCACAGACCUCUGGGCACAGAACUCCCCCCAUCACCAACUCCCCGACACUGGGGCUGACCCUUGGGGAGCCUCGGUGGAGACCUCCAAUGCACCUGCUCUAGGUGGUACCUCACCUUUUGACCCAUUUGCCAACCCUCCAGUAUCCACAGAGACCAAGGAGGGGCCGGAGUGUGCCCAGGCCCUGCCUUCGGGAAAGCCCAGCAGUCCUGUGGAGCUGGACCUGUUUGGAGACCCCAUUCCCAGUUCCAAGCAAAAUGGCACCAAGGAGCCAGAAUCCUUUGACCUGGGUGUACUGGAGGAAGCGCUAAUCCAGCCCAGUAAGGAGGCCCGAGCAUGCCGGACUCCUGAGUCUUUCCUGGGCCCUUCGGCCUCCUCCUUGGUCAACCUUGAUUCAUUAGUCAAGGCGCCCCAGGCUGCAAAGACGCGAAACCCUUUUCUGACAGGUCUCAGCGCUCCAUCCCCCACCAACCCGUUUGGUGGGAGCGAGCAGGCCAGGCCGACCCUGAACCAGAUGCGCACCGGGUCGCCCUUGCUAGGCUUGGCGGCCGGCGGGCCGGUCGGGGCGCCCUUGGGCUCCAUGACCUACAGCGCCUCCCUGCCUCUCCCGCUCAGCAGCGUGCCAGCCGGCGUGACCCUCCCCGCCUCGGUCAGCGUCUUCCCGCAGGCCGGCGCCUUCACGCCGCCGCCCGCGAGCCUGCCACAGCCCCUGUUGCCCACGUCGGGCUCCGCGGGGCCGCUCCAGCCGCCCCCGCAUCCCGGCACCAACCCCUUCCUCUGAGCGCAGCCCCGCCCUGCCCCGGCUGGCCGGCGCAUGCGCGAGGCCCCGUCCCCGGCGCGGGGCGGGGCUGUCACCCCAGGACCCGUCCCCGGGAAGGCCGGAAGGGCUGACUCCGCCCUCAGUCCCGCCUGGACGCUCCAAGUGGCCCC